CCAUGUCGUCCACGCGCACCUUGCAUGCGUGGAUCGCGAACGACUGCAUUGUCAUGGCGCACGGAUGCGUUCCAGCACACUCAAGGAAUACGUCGAGAGAUACGUCGGUAUCCUCUGUUACACCUGUACAGUUUGCGUUCACAAUUUCGACUUGGAAAUACAUUUUAGUGACGUUGGAGAAGCUCUUGACACCUCUCGAUCUCUCACAUUCUCCAGUCGUCCCGCCAAUUGUCCUUCCUUCGAUCUCUGAACGUAGGAAUCGUCGUUUGAGCGCAAAAGGAAGUUCAAACAAUCGGAAUCUCGUUCAUCGAAAGAUAACGCACAGAAACGAGAAACAGCGAGCAAGGAAGGAAGGAAGGAAGGAAUUGUCGGCGGACGCAGCACGACGGGAAAAGGCCCGAAGAAAUAAUUUAUUAACGCGAGCGCGCGCGCUCGACACCCACACGGUUUUCACGCUGAUGCCAUGUAUGGACGCAUGACGUCAACGUUACUUUGCGU